AUGGCGCCGAAGAAGAAAAUCCGCAACAAUAAGGCAAAGAAAAGCCAGGAAGAGAACCCGCGCCCACCAACCACAAUCACCUGCCCGAAGUGCGAUGAAGCCAUAAUAGUCCCCAGAACCUGCAAGCACGGCAAAAAGCUCAUCAACUGUCAAGGCACAGGUUGCACGACAACGCACAUCGAGGAGCACAACGCUCAUUGCAUCCCCAUCACAAUCUCCGCUCCAAAGAGACCAAAAGCGCCGAGCGGACCAGCACCAGACCAUAGAUCCAAUUUAAAUGAUGUUGAAAUCGCUGCGUCAAUCCUUGGUGGUCCCACCGACCCAGUCGUAGCCUACUGGAGCGCAGUAAGGGCAGCUCGGGAAGAGAACAACCGACUGGCCAAACGACACGCCGAGACCCUUGCCUCCAUGACGCCAGAACGCCUCCAUGCUAUGGGUGCGCUUACCGUCCAGCUCAACGCAGCCGUCAAGUCCAGGGGAGGAAAGCCUGUGCGAUAUCUUGAGGGAGCACCGUUCACGGAGUGGUUUUCGAAGCUAGAGAGUGGUCCCUAUGACGACGUUAACGAGUGGAGGGAGAAGUUGAAGGGUAUGGUUGAGGGCAGCAAGACAGCCGAUGAGAUUGGAUAUGAUGAUGAGGAGAGUGAGGAUGAGGGAGAUGCUUGCCCGACGCCGCAGGUUGGGGACGAGGGAGAUGUCUCUCCAGCAAAUGAGACAGAGGAUUGA